AUGGAUACAUUGGCGUCUCCUAAAGUCGCUUUCCGUGGAGGUGCGAAUCGCUGCUGGAACAUUAAUGCAGAUACCAGCAGCCGAUUAACUGAUGUAUUCAACAGUGUGAUGUUGACUGGCUCCACUUCCUUCUAUGAUUGCUACAAAUCACAGAGUGAAGACAAUGUAGAUUUACGGCAGACAUAUACUCCACUUUCUUCAUCCACAGAAUAUUCAAGUUCUGUUGAUUCUUCCCUUUUCUAUGCACCAUGGUCAACAUAUGGAGAUGAUAUCAAGCAACCUACUAAUUCUCAAAUCAAUGUAAAGAACAGGAUUCAAACUGAAAGAAAUGACUAUGGCAGUGAAACAGACUUAUAUGGACUUGUGUCUAACAUUUUGGAAGAACAAGAUAAGUCACAGCCAUAUUUUGCUGAGGGGACCUGCUCCUCCAACUUAAAGUCAGUUUGGCCUGUGAAUACAAGCAGAUUUGCAGAUCACCAUGACCUCUUGUCAGAAACUAAAAGGCCAGUAGAUACAGCCAUCUCUCAACAAGCUUUUUAUAGUGGCGAAUCUGUCUCAGCAGUGGAAAAGCAGUACCUGCACAGUAGUAACCUCACACCACAACAGAAAAUAGAUGAACUUUAUCAUGGAUUUACUAGCUUAGACCUUGAAGAGCAAUGGAUGUACCCUUCACGAAGUGAUCACUCCAACUGUUAUAAUAUUCAGACAAAUGAUACGGCUAAGACAACAUUCCAAGAAUAUCCAUUUAUCAAAAACUGUUUUACACCACAAGCUGGCCUAUCUGACAUGAAAGAAUCAGGGGUUGAUAAUUACCCUUAUGGAAGAGAGAAAAUGUGUGCCAAAGGGCUUGAGGCACCAUUACAGCAAAAACGGGCAGAGAUGUUUCUUUCACAAUUCAAUAGAUACAAUGAAAAUGCAGAUUAUUGUAGAUAUCCAGAAUAUUCUCAUCCCAAUAAAGCUAAGUUAAAUAAAUGUUCAAAUUUUAGUGUUCAAGAUAACAAAAAAUUAGCCAAUGGAACACCUGAGACACCAGCUGUAGAAACAGACACAUACACUAAGUUAUUUCAAGUUAAACCAACAAAUCAGAAAAAAAUGGAAGAGACUAUACAAGACCAACAGAAUUUCACAUUUUCAAAGACUACACCACAUUUAACAGAAAAGCAGUUUGCAAAGGAAGCAGCAUUCACUGCUGAUUUUGGGUUAAAGUCAGAAUAUGGACUGAAAUCUCACACAGCUUGCCCAGGUAAUAAUGAUUUUGCCAGCGUCUCAGAAAAAGUGCAGUUUUCUAAACCUGAGCCCCAGAAUUCUGAAUAUUUUAAAUCAGUGAAUUUAUUAUCGAACUCAGCAACAUCUUCAGGAGGCAUCAACAUAAGUAGGCCAACCUGGAUGAAUGUUCAAACAAAAAACAGCACUCCUGUGCCAUAUCGAAAUCAAGGUAACUUGAUGAAGUUGAAUAGCCAUUUAAAUGCAGCUUCAAAAGGUGGUAACCAUUCUUCAGAUUUUCCCCAACUAUCAUCUACAAAUUUAACCCAAAAUAGUAAUUUAUUUCAGAAAUAUUGCCAAGAAAAUCCUUCAGCAUUUUCUGGUUUUGAUUUCAGUUACAAUGGUACUGAAAGAAUUCAGUCUGUCAAUCAUAUGGAAGGACUGACCAAGACUGGGGAAGAAAGUCUCUUUGAAUCAGUUACAGAUAAAAAAAUAAAGCAGCCAAAUGGAUUUUGUGAUAACUAUUCAGCUCAGCAGUAUGGGAUCAUUGAAAAUGUGAAUAAACAUAAUUUUCAAGCUAAGCCCCAAAGUGGACAUUAUGAUCCUGAGGAAGGACAGAAGCAUUUAGAUGGUUUAUCUCAAAAUACAUAUCAAGACCUGCUGGAGUCACAAGGUCACUAUAAUAGCCACAGACAGGGAAGUGGAGACAACAAUAUUGUUAAUAACCGCGUGAAUCGUACGCAAGCCUCAUGCUUUUCUAAUAAUUACAUGAUGGGAGACUUAAGGCAUAAUCAGAGUUUUCAGCAACUUGGUUCAAAUGGAUUUCCCUUGCGAUCUACCCAUCCAUUUGGCCAUUCUGUUGUUCCACUACUGGAUUCCUACGAUUUGUUUUCUUAUGACGAUUUAAGUCACUUAUAUCCUUAUUUCAAUGAUAUGAUGUAUGGUGAUAAUUCCUUUUCUGGUUUUGUGCCAACCUUUGGAUUUCAAAGACCAAUUAAAACCCGAAGUGGACCAGCUAGUGAACUUCAUAUUCGUCUAGAAGAAUGCUAUGAACAGUGGAGAGCAUUAGAAAAGGAGAGAAAAAAGACUGAAUUGGCUCUUGCCAAGAACUAUCCAGGGAAAAAAGUUUCCAGUACUAAUAACACUCCAAUUCCAAGGCUGACCUCUAACCCAUCACGAGUUGAUCGCCUGAUUGUGGAUGAACUACGAGAACAAGCCAGAGUUGUGACUUUACUUGGCAAAAUGGAACGUCUUCGCAGCUCUCCCCUUCAUGCCAAUAUUUCUACUGCUCUUGAUAGACACUUGGAGUCUAUUCACAUUGUACAGUCACGUAGAAAGGAUGAAAUUGUAAAUGCUUCAAAUCGGCAAAGGCAAGGAGUUCCUAGAUGCCAAGAUGACAGAGAUGUGUUUGCCCUUGCCUCAGCAAUUAAAGAGAUGUGUGUGGCUACUCGGAAAGCACGCACUACCCUAUGGUGUGCACUGCAGAUGACCUUGCCCAAAACAGCCAGUACUGCUGGCCAAGCAGACGUGGAGAAGGCUUUACAGGAUGUAGUAAAUUGUGAAGAUAAAGUCCAUGAAAGUAUAAAUAGCAGCAAUCCUAUGAACCAGAGAGGUGAAACAAGCAAGCAUUAA